UGGCUAUUGUUCACGCGAACCACCAUGUACGGCAAAAGCCGCAGUAUUCGGGUAUAAAAAUACAGAACUUGUGCUAACCAGCGAAUGUGAUACAAAAAAAGCUCAAUGAUGGCUUACAUCCAAAUAUUGGCGAUCGUGCUGUGCUCUUGCUUCAUACAGGACGCGUUUUCGGUGGUAAAAGUCCGCAGAGUGACAUCGGCAGCUCCGGUCGAUGACGAGGCGGCCCCGCAGUUGGCGGGCGCUGGUGGCCGGGCGGCUGCGAUGCCGCCGGUGAGGCGGACCACGUCGACGAAGCGGACGGUGACCAGGACACCGACUGCGGCCCCAGCACCGCCUCCGCCACCGCCGCCGCCACCAGCCAAGUACCCGCACCUCGCCGCCGUGAAGGACAUGUUGUGGAACACGUUGGAGGACAUCAACCGGGCCACCGAGUACGGCAAGCUAAACGCCAGGGCGGCGAGGAACACGUUGAGUAACGUGCUCAGCAACGAUGUGUUCUGGUCGUCAGUGAUCGGGGCGCUCAGGAGGCGGGUCAAGGUGACUAACGACGGUAAACGGGCCGCCGCCCAUAUCCGGACGUGCAACGCUCUCACCACCGCCGUCACCAGCCCGAAUGCCAUGCAGGGCUUCCAGGAUGUGGCCAACGAGGUGUACGGCACCGUGUCCCGCAUGCAGUCGGAUGUGGGCACGGACGCCCUGCGGCUGUUGACCGAAAUGGUCGACGGCGGCGAGGUGAACAGGGGCCUGGACACGAUCACUAGCAUCGUGAAAAAAAUCAAUUUCAACCCCAGGAUGUUGGUCAAGGGAUUCGCCAUGCUCCGCAAAACGCUCAACCUGGGCGGCCUAAUGCACAUGAACGGUGGUAUGGCCAGGGGCCUCAUGUCGUUCACGUCCAAGUUCAGCAAGUAGAGCGAUGCCUGCAUGUAUUAUUGUAUAAUAAUGUUAUUAAAUAAAGUCGUCGCGUCAAUGAACGCUGUACAAUAAUA